AUGAUCUGUUCAAAAGUUUUCAUCAGAUUGCUGUGGUUCUUCUACGCGUUCCUCAUUUUUCAAGGCUGGAACCGAGGCAGCAUGAUCCACGCGGCAGGAAUAAAGACCGAUCCUGACCAGCAGAAACAGGAGGAUGGUGUGACCGUAGCCCCAGAGGACAUCAUGCCUUUUUUACAAUGCUACUGUUCAGGUCACUGUCCAGAAAACGCCAUUAACAACACAUGCAAAACUAAUGGGCAUUGUUUUGCCAUCAUUGAGGAGGACGAAAAUGGAGAAAAAACUCUUUCUUCCGGCUGCAUGAAGUACGAAGGCUCAGAUUUCCAGUGCAAGGAUUCCCGAGUUGUUCUACGACGACGUACCAUUGAAUGUUGCCGGACCGACUUCUGCAAUCAAGAUUUACACCCCACUCUAUCCCCUGCUCCAAAAGAUAACCUGUUUGAUGGCAGCAUACGUUGGAUAGCUGUGCUUAUUUGUAUGGCGGUCUGCAUAAUCGCCAUGAUUGCCCUCUUUGGCUGUUUCUGCUACAGGCAUUAUUGCAAAGGGGUAGCAAAGAGACGACGUUACAAUCGUGAUUUGGAGCAGGAUGAGGCCUUCAUCCCAGUUGGGGAAUCAUUAAAGGAUCUCAUUGACCAGUCGAUCAGCUCUGGCAGUGGUUCAGGAUUGCCUCUGUUGGUGCAACGGACGAUCGCCAAACAGAUUCAGAUGAUCCAGCAGGUUGGGAAAGGGAGAUACGGUGAAGUAUGGAUGGGUAAAUGGAGAGGGGAAAAAGUGGCCGUAAAAGUGUUUUCCACCCCCGAAGAAGCCAGUUGGUUUCGGGAAACGGAGAUUUACCAGACGGUCCUUAUGCGCCAUGAAAAUAUACUCGGGUUCAUAGCAGCAGAUAUUAAAGGCACAGGCUCCUGGACUCACCUCUACUUGAUCACCGAUUACCACGAAAAGGGAUCCUUGUACGAUUUCCUGCAGUACACCACUCUGGACAACAGAGCUUUGUUGAAGCUGGCCUAUUCCGCUGCCUGCGGUCUCUGCCAUCUGCACACCGAAAUCUAUGGGACCCAAGGCAAGCCGGCUAUUGCCCAUAGAGACCUGAAGAGCAAAAAUAUUUUGAUCAAGAGGAACGGGGCCUGUUGCAUCGCAGACUUGGGCCUGGCCGUCAAGUUUAACAGUGAUACAAAUGAGGUCGACGUUCCUAUAAAUACGAGGGUGGGCACAAAACGGUACAUGGCCCCUGAGGUCCUGGAUGAAACUUUGAAUAAAAACCACUUCCAGCCUUACAUCAUGGCUGACAUCUACAGCUUCGGCUUGAUCAUUUGGGAGAUGGCUCGGCGAUGCAUCACAGGAGGCAUUGUUGAAGAUUACCAGCUGCCCUAUUACGAUAUGGUCCCGAACGAUCCCUCGUUCGAGGAUAUGAGAGAGGUGGUUUGCGGAAAGCACCUGCGCCCGGUGGUGUCAAAUCGAUGGAAUAGCGAUGAGUGUUUAAGAGCAAUAUUGAAAUUAAUGUGCGAAUGCUGGGCCCACAACCCAGCCUCUAGACUGACCGCCUUGAGGAUUAAGAAAACGCUUGGCAAGAUGGUGGAAUCGCAAGACGUCAAAAUUUGACACAGACACGUCACGUCGCAGGAGAGUGAAUUUGGGACUCUUAAGAGCUGCUCACUCGACCCAGUGCAGGUGUGAUGGGAGCAGGAGAGGACCCCUGACUUUCAGCCCACACUUCCUCGCUAAUUC